AUGUUUUUUAGAGACAAAGAGCAUUUAAAGAUUGUUGUUGGCUUGUAUGCAAUGAAGGAAGGAUUUGACUACUCCGUUAGGAAGUCCGGUACUUCUAUUUGGUACGUCACAUGUAAGGAUGCAGAUUGUGGGUGGAGAUUAAGAGCGAAGAAUAACGUACUUUCUAACAUGUUUGAGGUGAGUACAUUUCAUAAUGUACAUACAUGUUCCCUUGAUCUUAGAGGAAAAGAUAACCGUCAAGCAUCACCUUUGAUAGUUGCCCAUCUAAUUAAGGAUAAGUUCACAACUAAUGGUUCGAAUCAUUUGGCCUCUGAUAUAAGGAAAAGUAUGUACAAGGAUUACGGGAUCCAAAUGAGUUAUGAAAAGGCAUGGAGGUGCAGAGAGAAGACACUACACCUAGCUCGGGGUACACCUGAAGAUUCAUACUCAAAAUUACCUAGUUACUUGCACAUGCUAAAGUUCAGAAAUCCAGGUACCAUCACGGAUUUUGUGGUUGAGGAUGGUAGCUUCAAGUAUUGUUUCUUCUCUCUGGGUCCUUGUAUCCCGGGGUUUAGGUUUUGCCAACCUGUUGUAUGCGUUGAUGGGUCUUUCUUGAAGACUAAAUAUGGUGGGCAAAUGUUGUGUGCAGUGGCACUGGAUGCAGGGAGCCAUAUCUUUCCGAUAGCUUUCGCUAUAGUUGACAAUGAAACACAAUUCUUGGACCUAUUUUAUGAGAAAAUUGAAAGAAACGAUUGGUGA